AUGGCGUCUGCGCAUGCGCUUCGGCGCCGCACACAUAAAGUCGGGUCUGGCGGGGAAAGAGACGGCGGGAGUUCGGACCUUGCCGAAUGCUGGGUCUCUCGACGGAAAUUGCCGAAGGCUACGGAGGCCCCGAAGCCUGGGGCAGUGGGGGUGGGGAAUUUGCCGAGGAAGCGAAUCCGGGUCGCGCUGAGGGAUUGCGCCCGGUGGGGGUUGGGGAAGGGUGCGGGGCUGCGGCCGCGCGGGGUUAGGUGUGUCCGCUCUUUUCUCACGCGCCGGCGCGGGCUCCAGGGCUCGAGGCCGGGGAUGGGGCGGGGCGGGACGGUGCGCGCGCCCUGGGGGGGCGUCCCCCGCCUGCGGAGCGGGUACCGAGGCUGUUCUCCGCAGCGACAGCAUCACGAGUUCCCGUCCCCAGGCGCCGCCGCCGCAGGAGUCAGGCGCUGCGCCCUGCGUGGCGCUCCCGGCCCGCGCCUGGGCUCGCCCGGCCUCGAGCUCGCCCCUACCGGAGGGCGCGGGGCGCGUGCGGUCGCGUCGCCUUUGUGCUCUGCGGCUGUGGCUGCCGUGCGGCCCCCUCGCCCCGCGAGGAGCAGGGGCCAGGCGUCGGGCGACAGCUCUGAGCGCCGGGGUGGGCCGUGGCCCGAAAGGGAGCGGCUCCCGCCGUCCUCACCUACGGGGACGCCGGUCUCAAAGCCAGAGCCCCGGGUUUGGGGACGAGGCGGGGGAGCUGCGCGUCCCGACCGUGUCAGUGCGGCGGCGAACGCAGUGUCCUUUCAGGGGUGGCAGCGCAAAAGGACCUGAAAUUGCAGUUUCGAACAGAAACCCUGCAUUUCACGGUUCUGCGCGUAGUUCUACGGAAGCAGUGUUACAUUUGAUUGAGGCAACUUACUGCAAGAUGCUAGCCUGACUGUACAGGUCAGAACCUAGCUCUAAGCAGUCCCUUGCUAGUUUCUGCAAAAAUACUUCCCAGCCAGGAACUUUUUUAAAAGUAAGUUUAAAAACCAGAGAAUAUUUUUUAUUUUUUAAAUUUGAGAUCUGAAUUUUCAGAAAUUUGUCACUCCCUCACUCCCCCUUUAUCACCAAAAUGUCUAUGACCCCUCAAUACAUGAGCAAUAUUGACUGCUUAUGGGUAGACUUCUGACAAAGGAAAUCUAUCCUAUUUCUGGACAUUAAGUUGUAGACUUUUAGCUGACUUCUGGUUGGCUAUUAAACACCUUACUUUUGAUUUUUUUCAGAGCUUUUCCCCUCAUUUCAUCCCUCCAAAAGGGUCUUGCUGCAGUGCAGGCUGGCUUUGAACUCACUAUGAA